AACAAGUGGCUGUUCUAUUCUCAAUCGCUCCGCGGGACACAAAUCAUUCAAUGAAUAGAGAUUCUUCAAACAUGUGUUUAAAUACGAUUUGAUUAGAACAGAAAUGUCUUCUUUAUUCUUGUAUUUCUCUUAAAUUUAAGGGAUAUGGAUCCAGAAAACACAAGGAAAGAAACAAUUGUAAAGGUAACGGAUUGGUUACGUGGAAUUUGGGAGAUGAGACGUCAAACUGGGCCUGUUCAGCAAUGGAUAGAUUCAAUACCAUCACCUAUAAAGUCUAAUUUCUCAAUGAAAAAUGAUAAUCAAGGAGAAUCAAGCAGUAAAAACCUAAAACCUAAUAUUUCAUUGGCACUAACAGAGCCUAAGGACAUUCCAUAUUCUAUGAGAGCAAAACAAUUAACUAUGACAGUGUCUGCACCUAUUAAUGUUCCUAAUACAACAUCAAAUAACACAACAGGAUUACCUAGCUCAUUGCCUCAUAAAUUGGUUCGGGAUCCAAGUCUACAAUCUGAUAGCAGUCAUUGUAGUAGUGUAGAAAGCUUGUUAGAGCUAAGAAAAGCAGAUCCAGAAGCAAUUUUGCUAGGUCUUGGAUUUGGUGGUUGCUCGAGCAGUCCACAAGAGAAUGGUUCCUUUUCUCGUAUACCGAAAAGAUUUCUUCAGCCAUCGAAAUUAAAAGGCAUAGCUAUUAAUGAUUUUAUGAAGCAGCAACAGGAAACUAGUGAAUCCUUUGAUUCUGUAUCUCUCGGAUAUAGAGGUUUGACAGGCUCACCGUAUGUAGCGCCAUCGGAAAUUGUGCAAAAGAUUAUGCAGCGUUUACGAGAGCAUGAGAGUCAUGAACACGAUCCAUAUGCAAUGUAUAAUUCGUAUGAACAAUACAGUCCACUACAUUGUGGUGGUACACUUUCUGUGUUGUCUCCUGAUAGCAGACAAUUUUUGGAACGACCACGUUCAAAAAGUCCCGACAUGCGUAAUAAACGUAUGAUUAUUGGACAAAAAUCAUUUGCAUUUGGUCAUGAUGGUGAUCUAAUCGAAAUUGAUCCUUCUAACGAAAAAAGGUCGUUCGAAAGUAUUCCAAGUAAUGAUUCUAAUGCCGUAGAAAAUUCAGGAUUAUCUAAUGACUUAGCUGAUAAUAAUAAUGAAGUAUAUGAGCAAACACCUAUCCAGAAAAAGAUAUUACCAAAACGAUUAUUUUUUAACGACAAUGCGGAACUUAAUGACACCGAUGUUUCUUUGUCAGUAAAAGUAUUUGAAGAAAGCGAAGACCAGCAAAAUGAAAAUUUGAAUAAAAAUACUGUCUACAAAGAUGAUAUUUUUCCAAACACAGUUUCAGAAAAUGUGUCUGAUAUUCGAAGAGCCAGUGAUGGAUUUUAUGAUACGAAAGACGGAAAAAUAUCAAUGGUAAAUAAACGAAGACACAGCGAUGGCUUUGUGCAAACUACUGAGCAUGUUGACGACACUGUACUUGCUCGAAGGAGAAAAACUUUGAAGCGACAGUCUAGAAUAAGCGAUACAGAUGCGGUAAACUAUUGCAAUAUAAAUUUCAGCAAGACUGAUACGGCGCAAUGCAUGGGAAUGAAAUGUAACACGAAUAAAAAUUUACAUGAAGUUUGUAACCAAGAAAGCGUUUCCACGAAAUUUCCAAGAUUAAAAAAUGAAACUAAAAAUUAUGACGUAAAUGAAUGUGCAGAGAAGUUACUUGAAGGAAUGUAUAAAUCAGCAGAAGAUAGUUUAAGUAAAAAUAAGCAGGAAAAUAAGAAUGAAUACUAUGUUGAGGAAACCAAGCUUGUAGAACAAGUGUGUAUAGAUAAAGACGAAAAAACAACCUGUUGCUGUCAUUCUGGUACUAAAAAAUAUUGGAAGAAAAUGGAGAAAAUUAUUCAAGAAAAUAAAAAUUUGGAAACUAUGGUGACAAAGAGCAGGAGAGAAAUGGCAGAAAUUCGAGAAAUGUUAAAUAAUGUGUUAUCUGUACGAUUAGAACCUGGUUUUUGACCUAAAUUGAUUUAUGGGUUUAUGAAAACAUGUUGUUUUCAUAUUCAUUAUGAUGUUAGGAUAUCUAAAACUUUUGAAGCAAUUUUGAUUGUAUAUUUUCAAAAGUAUUUCGCUCAUCACUUAAAGUGAUUCGUGAAAUUAUUUCAGGUGAUAAAUAUUAUAAUAGAUAUCAAUGCAACAAGAAUGCAUUUUUGCUUAUAGCAAUUAUAUUUUAUUCUGUUUUUAGUUUCAAAUAAAGAUGUAAAUAUUGUUAUAUAAUUUAAAACUUUUAUUACUUAGUAAAUAUGGAUGAAAUAUCAAUAUUCAUUAUCUUAUAUAUUUACAAAUAACAUAUUGGUUCCAUUACUAUGAAAUAGUUUUAAUGCUUCGUUAUGUUUGAAAAUUAUUGCUAUUUUGUUAUUAUUUUUAAAUCAUAUUACAAUUUUGCUUGAUGCUGAAAGUUUAAUUGUAAUUUUAUAUUGAUAUAUAAAUCGUUUCUUUUUAUCCUUGUUCAAUCAUACAUAAUGUACGUGUAUACAUUCAAGUAUGAUUGAAAUGAUUUUUAUGAUAUCUAUAUCUUAAUUAAAUUUUAAAGUUGUGCCAAUGAAACACUACAUAUUCUUUAGUGAAAAAAAAAUUGAAAUUCUAAUCUCAUAUACUUUCGCAAUAAUAACGUGCUUCGAAUAUAUUACCAUAAAAAAGGAAAAUAAUGAUGAUGAUAUCAGUAAUAGUAGCAGCCAUAAUAGUAGUGAUAAUUGCAGUAAUAAUAGCAACAAUAACAAGAAUAAAAACUCAAAUUCAAAGCUUUUUGAUAAACAUAUGCCACACACACAGACAUAUUUUUCAAAGAUAUAAAUUAGUUUCAAAAUAAUUUACAGUUUAUCACACAAGUUAGUACUAUAUCAGCGAA